UCUGUGCAGACAUCUUUAAGCUUUCAGUGUUCUUGACAAGUGGUGAAUGAAUAUGUCCCUUUUUUCUAAAUAUGGCUGAAUGAAAGAAAGAAAACACUCCUGCAUGGAAUUUGACAGCAUUAGAGAAUUUUACUGGCUCAGAAUCUUACAGACAUGGAGUCUUCAAUGAGGGUUUCUACCAGAGCCUUCACCCAGCUUCUAUUACCGUACCCUCAGCUGGCCAGCAUCUGUGUGCAUACUUUCAAAGAUGAGACACUUGCUGUCCUAUUUGGCAUCUCAUCUGCCCUCACUCCUCAAUCUUGACAUCAGAGAGUCCCAAACUCCUGGAGAUUUUGUAGACUGAAAAAACAACCAAACAACAGCAACAGAACAGUGGAGAAGGACAUAGAAUCAUCAAUCUCUAUUUACCCAGCAAUGUCCUUGGCUUUUCUUGAUGACGAUUCCUGACUUGUGGCCCCAGCAAUCUUGGGAAUACAUCAUCCAAUUUCUUCGAUCGAGACCCCAGGGGUUCCCCUUUCUCCAGUGUCACCUCCACCCAGACUGGGCACAUUGAUUGAACUGUUUCCUAGGACACUGCAUUCAGCAAGACAUGGUGGUGAAAGCUGGCUCUACGUCUUCAUGAUUGAGAGACUCCUGCACAUCAUAAAGCACAUGAAAGGAGUGAAUGAAAUGCACAGCUCUGGGUGUCAUUUCUGAAGGGAGGAUCGUUCUCUUGGAGAGGAGUCCUCGAUGAGCCUGGCCGAGGCCCGGGAUCUGUGUAACGUGGACUAAGGAUUUAGUAGGAUGUCAACUGAGACAGAACUUCAAGUAGCUGUGAAAACCAGCACCAAGAAAGACUCCAGAAAGAAAGGUCAGGAUCGCAGUGAAGCCACUUUGAUAAAGAGGUUUAAAGGUGAAGGGGUCCGGUACAAAGCCAAACUGAUCGGAAUUGAUGAGGUUUCCGCAGCCCGGGGAGACAAGUUAUGUCAAGAUUCCAUGAUGAAGCUCAAGGGCGUUGUUGCUGGCGCUCGUUCCAAAGGAGAACACAAACAGAAAAUCUUUUUAACCAUCUCCUUUGGAGGAAUCAAAAUCUUUGAUGAGAAGACAGGGGCUCUUCAGCAUCAUCAUGCUGUUCAUGAAAUCUCCUACAUUGCAAAGGAUAUCACAGAUCACCGGGCCUUUGGAUACGUUUGCGGCAAGGAAGGGAAUCACAGAUUUGUGGCUAUCAAGACAGCCCAGGCGGCUGAACCUGUUAUUCUGGACUUGAGAGAUCUCUUUCAGCUUAUUUAUGAAUUGAAGCAAAGAGAAGAAUUGGAAAAAAAGGCACAAAAGGAUAAGCAGUGUGAACAAGCCGUGUAUCAGACAAUUCUGGAAGAGGAUGUUGAAGAUCCUGUCUAUCAGUACAUUGUGUUUGAGGCUGGACAUGAGCCAAUCCGUGAUCCCGAAACAGAAGAAAACAUUUAUCAGGUUCCCACCAGCCAAAAGAAAGAAGGUGUUUAUGAUGUGCCAAAAAGUCAACCUGUAAGUAAUGGCCAUCCAUUUGAAGAUUUUGAAGAACGGUUUGCUGCAGCCACCCCGAACAGAAAUCUGCCCGUGGAUUUUGAUGAGAUUUUUGAGGCAACAAAGGCUGUGACCCAAUUAGAACUUUUUGGGGACAUGUCCACCCCUCCUGAUAUAACCUCUCCCCCAACUCCUGCUACUCCAGGUGAUGCCUUUAUCCCGUCUUCAUCUCAGACACUUCCGGCGAGUGCAGACAUGUUUGGCUCUGUACCUUUUGGCACUGCUGCUGUACCCUCAGGUUAUGUUGCAAUGGGCGCCGUCCUCCCAUCCUUCUGGGGCCAGCAGCCCCUCGUCCAGCAGCAGAUCGCCAUGGGUGCUCAGCCACCAGUCACUCAGGUGAUGCCGGGGGCUCAGCCCAUCGCAUGGGGCCAGCCGGGUCUCUUCCCUGCCACUCAGCAGCCCUGGCCAGCUGUGGCCGGGCAGUUUCCGCCAGCCGCCUUCAUGCCCACACAAACUGUUAUGCCUUUGCCAGCCGCCAUGUUCCAAGGUCCCCUCACCCCCCUUGCGACUGUCCCAGCCACGGGUGACUCCGCCAGGUCAAGUCCACAGACCGACAAGCCCAGGCAGAAAAUGGGGAAAGAAAUGUUUAAGGAUUUCCAGAUGGCCCAGCCUCCGCCAGUGCCCUCUCGCAAACCCGACCAACCCUCCCUCACCUGUACCUCAGAGGCCUUCUCCAGUUACUUCAACAAAGUCGGGGUGGCACAGGAUACAGAUGACUGUGAUGACUUUGACAUCUCCCAGUUAAAUUUGACCCCUGUGACUUCUACCACACCAUCGACCAACUCACCUCCAACUCCAGCCCCUAGACAGAGCUCUCCAUCCAAAUCCUCUGCAUCCCAUGCCAGCGAUCCCACCACAGAUGACAUCUUUGAAGAGGGCUUUGAAAGUCCCAGCAAAAGUGAAGAGCAAGAAGCUCCUGAUGGAUCACAGGCCUCAUCCAACAGUGAUCCAUUUGGUGAGCCCAGUGGGGAGCCCAGUGGUGAUAAUAUAAGUCCACAGGCCGGUAGCUAGAUAGCACAGGUCUGGGAGCUGGAGCCUCUCUAUGCGCAGAUCAUCAGACCUAAG